GGAGAGUUCCUCGACAUGCAGUCGCAGGAAUGCCAGAAGUGUGCUGUGGGUACCUACUCUCUGGGCACCGGCGUGGCCUUUGAUGAGUGGGACAGCCUGCCGCCUGGUUUUGUCACCCACGGAGUGACCACGAACGGCUGGGAUGACCGCACAGACUGCUCCAACUCCACCUGGACACCAAAGGGUGAUUACGUCACCUCAAACACAGAUGAGUGCACUGCAACGCUGUCCUAUGCUGUGAGCCUCAAGAAACCUGGAACUGUGUCUUUUGAUUAUUUCUACCCUGACAACAGCAUUUACUUUGAGUUUUUUAUUCAGAAUGACCAGUGUCAGUCUACGGACACUAAGAGCCGGUGGAUGAAGAUCUCUGAGAGCAGCUUUAACAAAUACAGGGUGGACCUUAACAGUGGCAACAAUGUGCUGUAUUGGAGAACCACUGCGUACACUCUGCAGGGCAGUAGUGUCAAACCCGUGCUGUUAACAAACAUUGCCAUCUCAGGGGUCGCCUACACAUCAGAGUGUUUCCAUUGUAAACCUGGCACCUACAGUGCGAAACAAGGAUCUGCCCGCUGCACCCCCUGCCCUGCUGACACCUACUCUAACAAGGGUGCUGCCGUUUGCUAUCAGUGUGAGCAAGACACAUAUGCAGAGGCUGGUUCAGGGAGCUGCAAACCACGACCUGCAUGCACAAACAGUGACUACUUCUACACCCACACUCCCUGUGACUCUGAGGGAACGACUCAGCUCAUGUACAAGUGGAUCGAGCCAAAGAUCUGCAGUGAAACCGUUGAAGGAGCCGUGAAGCUGCCCGCAUCGGGGGAGAAGCAAACCUGUCCCCCAUGUAACCCGGGGUUCUCUGUCACCAACUCUUCUACCUGUGAACCUUGCGACGAAGGUUUCUACUCAAACGGAACAGCCUGUGCCAAGUGCCCUGUUGGCACGGAGCCAGUGGUGGGUUUCGAGUACAAAUGGUGGAACACAAUGCCGAGCAACAUGAAGAGCUCCAUCUUCCGUCGAGAGUCUGGCGACUCUGAACACAGCACGGCAUGGGAGGUGGCUGGAGAGUAUGUCUACACAACCCCUGGGGAUCAGGACACAGACUUCCUGAUGCUCAUACUCAAUGUCCCUGGAUACAGGUUGCCUCAGUCCAUGGUGGAAGACAGUGAGAGGAGUGAACUUUCUCGCAUCACGUUUGUCUUUGAGACCACGUGUACAGCUGACUGCAAGUUUUACUUCCUGGCGGGUUAUAAACAGUGGAAUAACGAUGUGGUAGAGCGGUGGAAAGGCAGCAACAGUAAACAGUCAUACUCCUACCUGAUCCAGAGCAACAGUACCGCCAGCUUCACCUGGACAUUUCAACGUACAGAGGAACUUAAUGGGGAGAGGAAAUACAGUGCUGAUUCUGCAAAGAUCUUCUCCAUCCACAUCACCAAUGUGAUUGGAGGUGUGGCCUCUCAGUGUCGCCGCUGUGCCCUGAGCUCCGCUAAGGCCGGCUCCGCCUGUGUUCCCUGCCCAGCGGGUCACUACAUGGUCAAUGGGACUGGAGCGUGUAAGAGCUGCCCGCCGAACACCUUCAUCAGGGCCGAUCAGCCUGUCGGAGAAGACGCUUGUGUCAAGUGUGGACCAAACACACAGAGAAACAAGGCCCACACAGCUUGUAUCAGUGACUGUGCGUUGGAUGUGCAGACUAGAGAUGGCGCGAUGCUGCACUAUGACUUCUCUCCUCUGUCCAACGUCACCGGCUUCCAGAGCAGUCCCCGAUUCACCAGCAAAGGCCUGAGAUAUUUCCAUCGCUUUAAUCUGGGUCUGUGUGGAAAAGAGGGCAGAAUACCAGCUACCUGUGUGGAAAAUGUGACAGAGAGUGGGAGAGAGGUCAAAGGUUACGUCUGUCAGUCUACUGUGGUUCCCUCUGACAUCAGGAGUCAGAGCAUGGUGUCCUCCCAGCCUUUUAUCGUUGGUGACACACUCAUCGGUGUGACCACCGACACGACCCUGAGCAGCAUCUCAUCUCCAAAAUCGCUGUUUCCCUCUGCACCCGGCCUGCCAGAUGUCAUCUUCUAUUACAAGUCCAGUGAGACAACUCAGGCUUGUAAACAAGGCCGGUCAGCCACCAUCAGACUGAGAUGCAACCCCCAAGUGACCGAUAAAGACCAUAUCAUGCUGCCAAGUAACUGUUCAGAGGGGACAUGUGAUGGUUGUACUUUCCACUUUCUGUGGCAGAGCCAGCAUUCAUGUCCACUCUGCACCAAAAACAACUACAGGGCGAUUGUCAGCGCUUGCAUCCAGGGAAUACAGAAAACCACCUAUGUGUGGCAGCAGCCAUUGCAGUGUUACGGUGGAGAGUCACUACCGGCUCAAAAGGUCAGUGCUUGUGUGACUCUGGAUUUCUGGCUCAAGUUUGGUGUUUCCACGGGAACGAUUGCUGCUGUGCUGCUCAUCGGUAUCAGCUGCUAUUUCUGGAAAAAGACACGCAAGCUGCAGUUUAAGUACUCCAAGCUGAUGAUGACCUCUGAGGGUAAAGAGUGUGAGCUGCCCACUGCAGACAGCUGUGCAAUAAUGGAGGGAGAGGACGCAGAGGACGACCUCAUGGACCUCACCAAGAAAUCCUUCUUCACCAAGAUAAGGUCCUUCUCACGAGAGAGGACAUCAGAUGGAUUUGACUCAGUUCCACUAAAAUCAUCAUCCUUAUACCAUCAAAGAGAGGAGGAAGAUUCUGAUGAUGCUUAAUUCAGAGGAUGAAAAGAUGCUUCUACCAGAGCGCAAAGGAAGUGUAAAUCUAAAGUUAAAAGCUCCAGCAAACAGAGAAGGGCUGCUGGAUGCAUUUUAUUUAUUACAAAAGAUACAGGCUUACUGCGAGAGUUUUAAAAUGAUAAUGACAAGAGCGCCAAUUUUAUUUAGUAUUAUUUGUCAUACGCUAGGUUGCCAAACCUGAUAAUAGAAAGUCUCCAUAUUGGGGAUAUUCUGUAUAUUUACAGCCAAAUGGUGUAUUUCAAAAUAAUAUGAGAACCAAACUGUGGAUUAAAUUACAUUUGUGGUAGAUGUGUAAGGCUGUGAACAUUUUGCAUAACUGUAAGUGUGUAUUUCAUUUUUUUCCCUAUUGUUAUUUUUAGUAGGCUAUUCUGUUUUUUUUUUUUAUCAGACCAGCCAUUGAGUUCAGUCUUAUAAUGUUAUUUGGCGAUAUGUGUAAUAUAUUUGCUACCACCUUUGAUAACCUUUUAUUCUGCACGUAAGCUUAAAAAUUAAAUUUGCUUUAUUGUGAAGUAAAGACAUUUUCUAGAAAUUAAGAGUUACCUCUAAUGCUGCCUUCAGGUGCUCUUCCUAAGAUCAUUUCAUAUUGCGUAUAUUAUAUGAUACUUUUUUGUUACUACUUUAAAGUGUAUAUGUGUUUUAAUGUGCCUUAUAUAAAAGUACUUUUGUGGUUGUUUUAGUCAAGAAAAAUACAAACAUUG